AUGCUGGUCCUGGUCUUGGUGGUUUUGAUACCGGUGCUGGUGAGCUCGGUGGGCACAGGGGGGUCGGACGACAGCGCCAGCCACUUCGAAAUGCUCGGGACCUGUCGCAUGGUGUGUGACCCGUACCCCAGCACUGGCACUGCAGGAAUGGGGGUCCAUGCGGGCACAGAUUCAGUAACUCCAGGUCUACCGGUGGAACAUGAUGAAGACCUGGGAGACCACAGUAUUGGCCCGCCGCUGCCAACCUACAGCGCUCAUGGCUCACUGGGCAGACCAGGAAAACCAGGGAAGCCUGGCCCCCCGGGACCCCCUGGAGAGCCCGGACCCCCUGGACCUCGAGGACCCCCUGGUGAUAACAUGGACAUAGUAAGAACAGGCAUUCUAGGACUGGGAGGAAAAGGGGUGAGUACAACCACUUACAACACAACGCCUCGAGUGGCUUUUUACGCUGGACUAAGAAACCCUCAGGAAGGCUAUGAUAUCUUGCGCUUUGACGAUGUGGUGACAAAUAUUGGGGGCAACUACGAAGGGGCAACUGGCAAGUUCACCUGCAAGAUCCCGGGCACCUACUUUUUCAUCUACAAUGUCCUGAUGAGAGGAGGAGACGGCACCAGCAUGUGGGCUGACCUGCUCAAGAACGGUCUGGUCAGAGCCAGCGCCAUCGCACAAGACCAAGACCAGAGUUAUGACUACGCCAGCAACAGUGUCAUCCUUCAUCUGGACGCUGGAGAUGAGGUCUUCAUUAAACUGGACGGGGGCAAAGCUCACGGGGGCAACAGCAACAAAUACAGCACCUUCUCAGGGUUCAUCCUUUAUGCUGACUGAGGUCAAAGGUGAUAAGAGUGGACUAUAUUUCCUGACUAUGUUGCUUAAAACCACUCAUCUUAAGUAGGGUGACCACCUCAAAUCGUAGAAAAAGAGUGUGAAAAAGAGAGUUGUUGAAUGUGUUGAGACGUGGAGGAAUGGACAUCAACAAUAACUGCAAAAACACUAUAUGAUUUUAAGUCAAUUGGAACGUAAUAAGAGUGAGAUAUUUUACAAUUAUGAAAGCCAGUAGUCUCAAAAAAUCUUAAUUUCUUUGCAAGAACAAAUAUCUGAUCAAGUUUUCUAUGUAAAAUCUCAGUUUUUAUGCAAAGUUUGUGGAAUCAAUGAAAAAAUGGGACAUUCUCUAACUAGGUGGUAUGCAGGACAGGGGCUUAAAUGGCAGAAGAAGGCGAAAGGAUCAGUGGUUAUGGGUGAUACUGGGUGCUUGUAUGCUGUUAUUUGAUGGACUUGAGCCAUGUUACAAGUGACAGUGACUCCUAUGUGUCAUGCCAGGGGGUGUUGUAGCAAAUCUGACUGUGCCGAAACGUCGCCGUCAUUUCAAAUUCAAGUCUCCGAAAAUCACCACCAGUUGUGGCCACCGCGUUGUCUGUACAUGUGCUGUAUAGAGUCGAGAAAAUGCUGUUUGUACAUAUGUCAGUGCGUAUGAAGAAUGGUAUACAGACUUACUCCCAGUAAGUUGGAAUAAUAUGCCCAGAAUAUACAUUUAAAUACAAUACAAA